CGAUGCGUGCGCGGCACCGCGCCCCGGCCAACAACCCGCCCUACCCCCGCUGCCGCUUUUCCUCCCCGUUCCCGCGGGGACCAUGAUCGGUGUGUGCCGCGGCCCGGGCGGCAGCUGGGGACAUGAGAAAGGACAUCGAUUUGAUUGACAUCCUGUGGAGACAGGAUAUUGAUCUCGGCGCUGGGCGAGAGAUUUUUGACUACAGCCACCGGCAGAAACCCGAGAGCGAAGUGGACAAAGAGCGGAGCGAUGGGAGGGAGCGCGGGGACGGCUGGAGGAGCCAGGGCUUGGACAGGGACCUCCUAGUUGAUGGAGAGACCGGGGAGAGUUUCCCUGCGCAGGUGCCCGGUGCGGAGGAUCAGACAGCCCUGUCCCUGGAGGAGUGCCUUAGGCUGCUGGAGGCCACCUUCCCUUUCGGGGAGAAUUCAGAGUUUCCAGCUGCGGAUGUCUCCACCCUGAGCCAAGCUGUGCCCAGCGAGAGCAGGGCCACCCCUGGCCAGCCCAGCCUGCUCUCUCCUCUCCUCCCCGAGACCGAGUCGCCCUUCGAUCUGGAGCAGCAGUGGCAGGACCUCAUGUCCAUCAUGGAAAUGCAGGCCAUGGAAGUGAACAACACGACGGCAGAAACCCUGUACAACAGCACGAGCAGGGACCUGCUGACCUCCAACUACAGCCUGGCUCCCACCACCCCCAUCAAUCAGAACGUCAGCCUGCAUCAGGCCUCGCUGGGGAGCUGCUCCCAGGACUUCUCCCUCUUCAGCUCAGACAUCGAAAGCCCUUCCAUGGCCAGCAGCUCAGCUCUGCUCCAGCUGACGCCGGACAACUCCACUGGCCUCAACACCACCUUUGGCUCCACCAACUUGAGUGGCAUCUUCUUCCCUCCGCAGCUGAACAGCACAGUCAACGAGACAGCUGGCCCCGAGCUGCCAGACCCGCUGGGCGGUCUUCUGGACGAAGCCAUGCUCGAUGAGAUCAGCUUGAUGGACUUGGCCAUCGAAGAAGGUUUCAACCCGGUGCAGGCCUCGCAGCUGGAAGAGGAGUUUGAUUCCGACUCAGGUCUUUCUCUGGAUUCUGGCCACAGUCCUGCUUCUCUGAGCAGCUCGGAAGCCUCCUCCUCUUCCUCCUCGUCCUCCUCGUCCUCUUCCUCCUCCUCGUUUUCUGAGGAAGGAGCUGUGGGCUACAGCUCAGACUCGGAAAACGUGGACUUUGAAGAAGCAGAGGGGGCAGUUGGCUACCAGCCCGAGUACAGCAAGUUCUGCCGCAUGAGCUACCAGGACCCCUCACAGCUGCACUACCUGCCUUACCUGGAGCACGUUGGCCACAACCACACCUACAACAUGGCGCCGGGAGCCCUGGAUCCCGAGGAGCCCAAACUUCCCAGCGCGGGGAAAAAGAGCGGCAAGGAGAAACCGUCGGAAUUCCUGGACAAACAGAUGAGCCGGGACGAGCAUCGAGCCAGGGCCAUGAAAAUCCCUUUCACCAACGACAAGAUCAUCAACCUGCCCGUGGAGGAGUUCAACGAGCUCCUCUCCAAGUACCAGCUCAGCGAGGCUCAGCUCAGCCUGAUCCGCGACAUCCGGAGGCGUGGGAAGAACAAGAUGGCUGCCCAGAACUGCCGCAAGAGGAAACUGGACACCAUCCUCAACCUGGAACGGGACGUGGAGGAUCUCCAGCGGGACAAGUCCAAACUGCUCAGGGAGAAGGUGGAAUUCCUCAAAUCCAUCCGCCAGAUGAAGCAAAAAGUGCAGAACCUGUACCAAGAAGUGUUCGGCCGCCUGCGGGAUGAGAACGGGCAGCCCUACCCCCCCAGCCAGUACGCCCUGCAAUACGGGAGCGACGGGAGUGUCCUCUUGAUACCUCGGGCUGUGGCCGAUCAGCAGGCCCGGAGGCAGGAGAGGAAACAGAAGGAUCGGAGGAAGUGAAGGGAUGGAGAGGUGGGAGGAGCUGGGACACUCCCUCAAGUGAGAACUGGAGAAAGGGCAGAGCCGGGAAGUACUUUUCAGAGGAACUUUCAUGCCUUCUUAUCCGAUAAUAGCUUCUCAAAAAAAAACCACGAACAGAACAAACAAAAAAAAACAAACAAAAAAAACAAAAACACACACAAAAAAGUGAAACGACCACCACGAAACAAAACAAAACUGCUGCCGGUCAGUGUGUGUGUGUGUGUGUGUGUGUGUGGGAGAGACAGGGGGGGCUCGGGGGCUCCCCGCGGGGAGGGGUGGGAGGAGCCCACCCUGCACUGCCCAGCCCGGCACUUCCCACCGCCUGGAAUCCUCGGGAGAGCAGGAAAGGAGCUGGUGUCGCUGGGGGUGAGAUGGGCAGAGGUGGAGAAACAAACAAAAAAAACUACUGUUAGGAACUGGCUUUAAAUAUAAGAAAAAAAGAGGUUUAAGCAAAUGAACUUAAAAACAAGUUAUAGGAGAGACAUUUUUCUGAACUUCCAAAGUUCUGUGAUUUCAGGUAGUUGGUUUAUUAUUAUUAUUUUUUUUUCCCCUUCCAUUUUAUUUUUUGUUGUAUCGUUUUUGUUUUGUUGUUGUUUCUUAUUUUUUACCUGACCCAGUUUUGCCAUCGGUGUGUGUGAUUCGAUCUGACUUAAUUCCAGAUUAACCAACAUCCCUUCCUAGAUCAGCCCAGUGCACACAUGGGAAACACAAGUGGUGCGACUUCCAUUAACCCUUUCCAGGCUCCAGGAAGCUCAGAGGCAGAACCAGGAGGAAAAACUGUACGUCUGGAAGAGGCUGUGACACCUUGGGGGCUGGCUCUGGGGUGGGGGGGGCAGGGGAGGGCACGUAGGUGGGUUUAUUUUUUUUUUGAGGUGGGGAGGGUGUUUGUGUGGAACUGGAGAGGGUGAAGAGAGCCCAAGGUUCAUGCAACGUGUUCCCCCCAUCCCCUCCUCUCCCACCACCACGCUCAGAUGUCCCUGCCGUGCUGGGAGGUCAGCACACACAGCAGCCUGCAUGGAAAUGCUAUUUCUCCCCCCCAAAAAAACUGCUCGUGGAGGGGGUAGUUGGACCCCACACCCCCUCAGGUCUUCAUACAGCACAAGAGGAGCAGGGAAGUUGGGAGGGGGGGGGGGAAGUUUCCCCACCCCAAGCCCUGAGCUGGUCACCUAUAACUGGUAGGAUUCCUGUUCCUUACCCACACUUGGGAUGAUGAUUUUUUUUGAGGGCUUCAGCCCCUGGUUGGUUGGUUUGUUUGUGUUGUUGGGUUUGUUGUUUUAAUUUCCCCCCCCCACCCCCAUAGGGUCUAGAGUGCUUGUGUUGAGUAAAAAAACAAAAAAAACAACAAAAAAAAAGGGAGAAGCCCAAAACGUUCAAAGCUGCUAAAUGUUCUCUUUGCCAUAAAAGAUUCCGUGUAACCGUGUGAUCACAUUAUAGGAUUCUCUUCUGUCCCCAGGUGUUGGUCUGACUUCCUUUGUUUUCAGGAGGGGGGUGGGGGUAGUGCCUUGAUCACUGUCUGGUCUCCGCCACCACGGAGACCAUCCUAGAAGCUGUAUUUACAAUAUAGCACAGCUGGGAGUGUAACUGACUUUACCAGCAACUGAAAAAAAAAACACAAACAAAACAAACGAAAAAAAAAAAAAAAGGAAAAAAAAAAAAAGCUUAAAAAAGAAAACAAAACAAAAAAAAAGUCACAGUCCUGUGCAUGUGAUACAGGGAGAGAGGGUGGAGGGAAGAUUGGGGGGUGGUGACUCAAGGGAUGGAAAGCCCAGGAGGGAGACCUGGAGAGGGACGAUGUCCAGCUGUGGGAAUGGUUUGGUUUUUUUUCCCAGGCUCUGGGAAAAGCAGUUGGAUCUUGGGGCAUUCGGGGCCUUUGCUGGGGGCCUGAGUGGCAUGAGAUGCUGGAGGGGCUGAGACCCCAGUGGGCCCCCCCAGCCCUGGCUCCUGAGGGUCGAGGCUGCACUUAGAGAUGAGCUGAAGCACAAGUGGUGGAGAUGGUGGGUGUGGGGGAGGUGGGAAGGGAGCCCUGCGUGUAUGUUUUAAAUUAUUAUUUUUUUUUUUCCUCUUAGAAACUUUUACUUUUAAUGAUCUGUGACCUGUCAGGGAAAGAAGAGAGAUUGUGUGAGCACAGGACAAAAAUAAAACGGCUUAUUCACUGUA